CGGCCGCUGCUCUGUGGGCAGCUCCUACUACUGCUGAGCUGGGCUGGGCUGGGCGGGCUGCACCGGAGCUUGCCUGCACUGAUCAGCUCGGAGGCAGGAGAAAAGCCACUCUUCUCUGACCAGCCUCAGAGCCAAGGUAAAAGAAAGGCUUUUCAUUGUCGCUCCUGUUUAACCAGAUCUGCCUGUGAGCCCCAGGCUUCGGGAACUGAAAAGUGUGUCUGAAAAACCCACGCAGCAAUCCAAUGGCCAGCAACAACACUGCCAGCAUAGCACAAGCCAGGAAGCUGGUGGAACAGCUGAAGAUGGAAGCCAACAUCGAUAGGAUAAAGGUAUCCAAGGCAGCUGCAGACUUGAUGGCCUACUGUGAAGCUCAUGCCAAGGAAGAUCCCCUCCUGACCCCUGUUCCGGCUUCAGAGAACCCAUUUAGGGAGAAGAAGUUUUUCUGUGCCAUCCUUUAAGUCUUCAUGAGGAGCUGAAGAGCCUCAGGGCUCCUGGGACACUGAUGUAGAGUUUUUAGCAAAGUGGGCGCCUUUCUAGUCCACAGCAUUUAAAUAGAGGGAGGAGAACCAUCCUGGAAACUCCAGGCUAUGCAUGUUUAAAGAACUGGUCCCCUUUAUGACAAUGAAAGUCAAUCCACACCCUGAGUUAAGAGCUCUGAUAUCUUGCAGAACUGCCUGGAGGAGGGGACUGUGUAAAGAUAAAAUCUGUGUCAUUUCUUUUCUGCUAUCCCUCCCAAAACCUUCUGUUUCUGCUUCAUAUUUAAAAAAUAAAAAUUCAAACAGACAGCUGUACUGAGCUAAGAUAUGUUUGACCUUUUUGGAAUGAAUAUUGCCUUUAGAAUACCCUUUGAUCAGCUGAGUUGUCCAGUGUAACCACGGUUCGGUUUAAUGGCAUUGAUGUCUAGUCUUUGUGCCUUCGUUUUCUCUUUCUCCCUGACCCUCCUGCUACCCCCUCCCCAUUAGAGUAGUACAGAGAUAAGGCUGGACUUGUCUGUGAGACUGAACUGCAAGGAUAAGCACGCAGUGUUAGGGAGAUAUUCCUAGUGGUUUAUCCUCAUGGUAGUAACAAAAACAAUGCCGGUUGUCUGUGUUCUCGUAUCACUAUUCCUAACAUUUGUACAUGAUAGCUUUGAUUCUGCAAGUAAAAGUAAAUCAUGUGUUGUGACUGGUGCUUUCAUAUAUUUGUGACAGUUUUUGAGUACUCUUGCAUGAACAUGUCCCUAUGUUACAUCCAUUCAGAAGUUUUGUUGUUUUACUCUAGAGAUUGGAAAAGAAAUGAAAGAGCAAAGAAGCUGGGAAGGAAAAAACUCAGUAUCUUGAAAAUUGAGAUGACUUCAGCGCCUUAGCCACACCUAAAAUACCUCCUAGUUUUCAGUGGUAUAGUUAUCAGCCUCUUCAAUAUGAUUUCCAGAAUCCAAAGCAUGUGGGUUUUAUUUGGGAUCCAUGAAUCACAGUUACCACCAAGCAGGAGAUGUAAGGCUCCAUCCAGAGCAGGAAGGUGUUUUUGUCACAGAGUAAGAGCAAAUGCCUCCUUUCCCUGAAUCAUGGAAAUUCUAGAUUGAAAGAACUCUUUCUGUGCUCUUAAGAAAAAUGUGGCCUUUGUUUCUUAUUAUUUUUUGGUUUUGUUUUUAUUUUCCCAAUAUUGGGAGAAAUGAACCCAUGGCACCAGAGAAAACCCAUUCUCAGAAUCCCAGCUGUUCGCCCAUCUGGGAGAAGGGGGCAGGUGUGACCCCCACAGCCACCUCCACCGGAGGGGUCUGGCUCUUUUUUCCACUGAGAUGGUCUUUGUGUGUCACUCACCUAUUUUUUUCACUAGAAUCUUUCUUUUGUUUUUGUUCUCCAUCUUGUUUGUUAGAGGCGCUCAGUCUUUAUUUACAACUUCCUUGCAGUUAGAGCCCUCUCCUCCCAAGAGCUGACAUUGACAAUGAUUUUUCAUGGCAGCUCUAGUCUCCCAUUGGUGAUGGGAGUUGCUGGAAGCCUUUAUCACAUCUUGUUUGCUUCAAAAUCCCAAAAGGCCAUUUCCAAAUUAAUUUUACUUUCCUCUCUUUCCUUUACCCCCAUUUAAAAAGAAAAUAAAUGAAAAGACAAAAAGACUUGACAUGCCAAAACAGGUUUUGAAACAGACUUGGUAAAUAUUUUCCCUAGUUCCUCCUUAUGGGCAUGCUGGCAAAAGAAUAAAUGCAUCCAAUUAAUACUCACAUGGGGGUGUGGAGCAAGGAGAAUACUGAAAUGCUUGUGAAAGGAAUGAGUGCACUUCCACAACCAGAUACUUCUGUUCAAACUUUGGGAUUUUGUUCUAGUCAGUAGGACACAGAUGAUGAUUUGGAGGGAAAAACCCUGGCAGAGUAUGUAUCAAACUACAGUGUUGUACCAUUAGUUUAGCAAAUCUGUGGAAUCAGCUAAAACCAUAUCAAUUUUUAAUAUGAGCCAAAAUGGAAUUGAGUAUGUGGUCACAUAAAAACUGUGAAUAAGCACUCUUUGGUGGUGAUUAAGGCAUCAUUAUAACACCCUGAUGAUUUUUAUAACCCACACCACUUAUUUUUCUUGGAAGGACUCUAUAUUUUCGUGUUCAUCUAGAUCUUUGGAACAAUCAAAAUAGAAUUAAAACUUUAGGAAGCACCACAAUACAGCUCUGGUUACUAAAAAUUAAGGAAGCUCCGAACUUCAUGUAACCUUGUUUGUAAAAGGAUAGAGAAGGUAGUAAACAUAUAGCCCAUCUGAAAUUAAUGUUUUGGCUUUUUCCUAAUUCCAUGUCUUACAGUACAGAAUUAUAAUACA